AUGGGAUUUGGGGAGCUGGAGCACAAAGUCAUCUCUCUGGUGAAGAAACAGCUGAAGAGGUUUGUGAAGCUACUGAGUGUGGAUUACCCAGCAUGCUCUGAGAGAGAGGUGGAGGAUGGGGAGGAUCAGAGCAGUGUUAGAGAGGGGGCGCUGAAGAUCACACUGACCGUCCUGAAGAACAUGAACCAGACUGACCUCGCUAACACACUACUGACCAAACUGCCUCCUCCUUGUCAUCGAAAGCUGAAAUCAACACUGAAGGAAAAAUUCCAGAAAAUUAAUGAAGGAAUCUCAAAUUCUGGAACCUCAACACUUCUGAAUGAGAUCUACACAGAGCUCUAUGUCACAGAGGGAGGGAGUGGAGAGGUCAAUAAUGAACAUGAAGUUAGACAGAUUGAAACAGCAUCCAGAAGACCAGCAACACAGGAGAAACCCAUCAAAUGUAAUGACCUCUUUAAAGAUAAUUCCAUCAGAGCUGUGCUGACUAAAGGAGUUGCUGGAAUUGGAAAAACAGUCUCUGUGCAGAAGUUCAUUCUGGACUGGGCUGAAGGAAAAGCAAAUCAGGACGUCCUCUUCAUAUUUCCACUUCCUUUUAGAGAGCUGAACUUGAUGAAGGAGAAAAAACUCAGUCUGGUGGAUCUGCUUCAUAUUUUUUUUUCUCAGACACAAAAGAACUAAAACCAACAGACUAUCAUCACUACAAAGUCCUGUUCAUCUUUGAUGGUCUGGAUGAGUGUCGACUUCCUCUAGAUUUCCAGAACAAUGAGAGCUUAUUUGAUGUAACACAGUCAGCCUCAGUGGAUGUGCUGCUGACAAACCUCAUCAAGAGGGAAUCUGCUUCCCUCUGCUCUCCUCUGGAUAACUACUCGCCCAACAGCAGCCAACCAGUCAGAUCCCUCCUGAGUGUGUUGACCAGGUAACAGAGGUACGAGGGUUCAGUGUCCCUCAGAAAGAGGAGUACUUCAGGAAGAGAAUCAGUGACCAGAGCCUGGCCAAUAAAAUCAUCUCUCACAUGAAGUCCUCAAGAAGCUUCUACAUCAUGUGCCACAUCCCAGUCUUCUGCUGGAUUGCAGCCACUGUUCUAGAGAGAGUGUUGGGUGGAGCAGAGAGUGGAGAGACCCCCAAGACUCUGACUCAAAUGUUCACCCACUUCCUGAUCUUUCAGAUCAAACACAAGAACCAAAAGUACCAUAGGAAAUGUGACAGUGAUCCUCAGCAGACUAGUCAGCUGUGGCGUUUGUGUUGCUGAACUCAGAAGAGGAGCUGGAUGAGUUUGA